AUGAUCAGAGGCCUUGCUUCUUCACUCUUGCUUGGAAACCACGCUCCUCCUAAAGAUCAACUAGAUGAUGAAACCGUGGUUUUUAAUAUUGAAGACAGUAAUGAUAGUAUGGAUCAAACCAGUGAGAAGCCACCAAACGAUGGGAACUCGCAAAGUAGUACUGGUAGUCGAAAGGAGCCGCGAGUCAAGUCAGAUGCUCUACUCGCACGAGUUGGUUCAUUAGCUGGGCUCUCCGAUGAUGUCCAUCUGGAAGAUAUUUUUGAAUAUGCAUGGCCAGAUGAUGAUUUAAAUGAUGAAAAGGAUGAUAAAGACAAAGACUUUUACGUUGUUCAGGAAAUGCUUGCUGAUUUUCUCAAGGUGAACCAGGCCAAUUUAUCUACUUUACCUACCAUAUAUUUAGCAUAG